GAAGUGACUUAUGCACCUAUUUAACGAGAUUUACAAUCCUAUCUUAAUUAUUUGAGUUAUGUGUUUCGAUUGAUCGUUAUAUCAUAUGGAAUCUAUCAGAUAACUACGAAUUUUGUUGAAAAUCGAAUACAUACGAAGAAUAAAAAACAAUAAACGAUUGGAGCUUAAUCAAAUAAUCAAGAAACAUCAAAACGGUUAAGAAAUGAUAUUCAUUAUUAUAUUGAUAUUAUCUAUGUUUAUUUUAUUGGUAUAUAAUUAUUAUGUGUAUUAUGAAAAAUACGAGCGAUUUCUUAAUCUUAUACCGGGACCAUCGGGUUUUCCGAUUAUUGGCAAUAUACUCCAAUGCUAUGUGUCAGCAGAGGAACAAUGGAAGCUCUUCCGUAAAUUAUUUGAUGAGUAUUAUCCCAUUUUUAAAUUCGGAGGUUUAUUUAUACAUGCAGUGUGUAUUCGUCAUCCAGAUGAUUUAAAGACGAUACUAAGCAACACUAAGCACAUCGAAAAAAGUCGUUUGUAUGACGUGUUUCAUCCUUGGUUAAAUACAGGUCUCUUCACUAGCACAGCGAUUAAGUGGGAGUCGCGGCGACAAAUGUUAACACCUGCAUUCCAUUUCAAUAUAUUGAAUAAAUUUGUUGAUAUCUUGGUCAAGGAAGGCGAUUGCAUGACAAAAUCGUUGAAAGAUGUCGGAGAACCAGUUGUAAAGGAUUUAUUACCAUUUAUUCGUAAACAUACGUUAAACGCGAUAUGCGAAACUAUUAUGGGCGGUUGUCUGCACAAUCUUGACGAGUUUCAACAACAGUAUCGAAAUGCGAUUCACGAUAUAACCAAAUUAAUAAUUUAUAGAGGAUUAAGACCUUGGUUAUAUAAUGAUUUAUUAUUCUCAUUGUCACCACAAGGAAGAAAGCAAAAGAAGGUCUUGAAAAUAUUGCAUGGAUUUACGGAAAAAAUCAUCGCGGAAAGAAAACUUUAUCACGAACGCACCAAUGACCGAUACUUAAAAAACCUUGAAAGUAACGAAGAGACAGAAAAUUUUGACGUGUUUGAAAUUAAAAAAAAUAGGCUAGCUAUGUUGGAUCUUUUAAUAGCGGCAUCUCGAGAAAAUUCUCUAACUGAUUUGGAUAUCAGAGAAGAAGUCGAUACUUUUAUAUUCGGAGGUCAUGAUACUACAGCGACGAGUUUAAUGUUUCUUUUACUACUCCUAGCUGAACACAAAGAUAUCCAGGAGCGUGUAAGGGCUGAAGUCGAUACUGUGAUGCAAGAAAACGAAGGAAAACUUAACAUGAGAUUAUUACAAAAUUUAUCAUAUUUAGACAGAUGUUUAAAGGAAGCGCUACGUUUGUAUCCGAGCGUGAAUUUUAUAUUACGCAAGACUGGGAAUGCUGUAAAAUUACAAUCAUAUAUCGUACCCGUUGGAACGUCCAUAUGUCUUAAUAUUUACGGAGUUCACAGAGAUCCUAAUUUUUGGCCAAAUCCAGAAGUAUUUGAUCCGGACAGAUUUUUACCCGAAAAGAAAAAGAAUCGUCAUCCUUAUUCUUAUAUACCAUUCAGUGCAGGAUCAAGAAAUUGCAUAGGUCAACGUCUCGGUUUGCUGAUGAUGAAAGCUAUGAUAGCCCCUUUGAUACAUAAUUUUUAUUUGGAACCUAUUGAGUAUUUAAAAAAUAUUCCUUUAUUACUUGAUAUAAUAAUACGUCCUGCUCAUCCAGUUCAUAUAAAAUUCAUCCCGAUCAAGUGCAAACAGCCAUUUAAAAAUAACGUGGAUAUUACAAGAGUGUAAUAAAAUGAUGCAGUGGGUAAAAUCGAAGAAAAUUGUUAUGUAUAUUAUACGUUCAACAUUAUGAGGAAAUAUUAUGUAUGUAAACAUUACGUUUAAUUAUGAAAAUAUUCACACAGAAAAUCUUAGAAAACAGAACCCUAUAUAUCCUAUAUAUUAACUCUAUAUACCCUAUUAUA